AUGUCUCACCAGGGAAGUGGCCCCCCAAACUUCAGCUCCUAUUCUGAAGUUCUGCCCCCCAAAGGAGCCCCGAGUCAUACCAUCAGCCAUGCCGUUUGCCCUCCGAUAGACAUGGGCAUAUGUUAUAGAGGAGCUGGUGGCUUUAGCAGCAAGAGUAUGGGCUCCUAUGGACCCAAGCUUCCUACCAGUAAAAGCCUCUCAGGAAAUGGGCAUCAUGGCAGUACUGGGGCUUUGUACACUUAUGGUGGCACCAGGUAUAGCACCAGCUUCAGAACUGUUGGAGGAGUUGCUCCGGGUGCAUCACACAUCACUCCUGUGACUUGCAACGAGUCCCUGCUGCAACCACUCAACUUGGGGAUUGACACCAUGGCCCAAGCAGUCAAGUAUCAAGAGAAGAAUGAACUCCAGUGCCUCAACAGCAAGUUUGCCUCUUUCAUUGACAAGGUCCAAUUAAUGGAGCAGCACAACCUGAUGCUGAAGACUAAGUGGGACUUCAUGAAAGGAAAGAAACGCUAUAAAAGUAACAUGGAACCCAUCAUUAAUGAGCACGUCAAGGAACUUAAGAAAGAGCUGGAGUGUCUCAAAUGUGAGAAAGCUGAGCUUCAUACGGAACACAAAGCUUUGGAGAAAGCUACAGAGGGCUAUAAAAAGAGGUAUGAGGAGGAAUGCAAUAGGCGAACAUCUACUGAGAAUGAGUUUGUAUUACUUAAAAAGGAUUUGGAUUGUGCCUUUGCACACAAUGCCGAACUGGAAGCCAAGGUAGCUAAUCAUAGCAAACAAAUCAGCUUCUUGAGAUCUGUAAAUGAACAGGAAAUUUGUGAGCUCCAAAACCGCAUUUCCAACACAUGUGUCAUGGUGCAAAUGGACAACAGUCGAGCCCUAGACAUGGAUCGUACCAUUCAGGAGUUCCAACAUCAAUAUGAAGGGAUUGCUUCCAGAAGCCGAGCUGCAGUGGAGGCUUUGUUCCAGUGCCGGUAUCAAGAGCUCAGGACGACAGCGGCGAAACAUGGUGAUGAUCUGCGUAAUGUCAAAGAAGAGCUUCAGGCUCUGACCCGUGCUGCUCACACCCUGGAGUCAGAAGUUGCAAGUGUCAAAGCUCAGCGUUGCAAGGUGGAAGUGGAGGUGGCUGGAGCUGAAGAACGAGGAGAUAUAGCGGUGAAGGAUGCCAAACGCAAACUGGCUGACCUGGAAGAGGCCCUGCACAAGGCCAAGCAGGAUAUGGCUUGCCAGCUACGGGAAUAUCAUGAACUCAUGAAUGUCAAGCUGGCCCUAGAUAUUGAGAUUGCUACUUACAGGAAGCUUCUAGAAGGAGAGGAAUGCCGGUUGAGUGAAGAGGAGCAUGCAGUGAACAUAGCUGUCCAGAGAAGUCAGGGGGCAGUCGUGGGUCAUGGCGGCUCCCACCGUGGCCCUGUAUAUACUUCUUCAUCUGGAAGCAGCCGCAGAAGCGAAGGGGUUUGUGGCAGUGCUAGGGCCACGCGUGGUGGCAGCACCCCUCCAAGAAGCAUCCAGUCAAGCUCUGGAGAUGCCCCUCAUCAUGGUGCCUCUCCUUGUCCAGACACACACACCCCUCAUCAUGGUUUCAGCAGUGGAAGCAUUAAGACCACCACAUUACGCUUUGUGUCCGCUGCUUACUCGUGUGGGCCUCCACGUUGA